AUGACCAAGGAAUGCAGUAAAGAGCAGCUGCUUCGGGCUUUAGAAGACCCCAGCCCGACCGCCUUUCUCGAGUUGACGCUUCGCCACGUGUCGAAGCAGGAUCCGUUGAACUUAAGCCACGUGGUAUCAGGUUUCAAUAGAAGCACCACUCCCCGCCUGUGCUCCGCUCUGCUCCACCUCACGACGCGCACGCUCGAUAAGGUGCUUCAGCUGAUCGCAGCACGCGACACGACUGCGUCGCAACACACGACUCCAAGCACCGCCAACGCCUCAACCGCUGCCUCCGCUAACGUUCCCGCGCAUGCCUCUGCUAAUGUCUCCGCACAUGCUUCCGCUAACGGCUCCGCUAACUCGUUUUCAGGAUCCGGGAGCGCGGUUACCCCGCCAGCUGACCUGCUGACCGUCUGCCAGUCGAUACACAACGUUCUUAUCGACUUGAGUGGUUUUGACCCAGUAGCACAGGAAGCAGCAGCUCGCGUGUUCGAAUCCUGGUGGCAGUCGGAUUUGAGAGGCAAGGACACCCUCAUCGCACAGACGCUUCCGUAUCUCCUCGCGAGAUCGCUUGAGCUCUCUCGACCAGUGGACGUGCGACGCGUGUACGCCAUGCGCGACGCGUUUUCGCAGCUUGAGUUCAGCCACGCGGAGAGCAUAGCCGGGACUCGCGGGCUGCUACUUAGGUGUCUCUUCGCGCCGGUGUAUUUGAAGACCACAGAAGGUCGGCGCUUCCUCUCCUUCUUUUUGCUUCUAGACCUCCAGCUCCUUAAAGAGUCCAUACUCAUUAUAAGGAAUCAGAUUCCAUCGGGAAGGAAGUCGCUGCUAGAAGCUUACGGCGAGGUAUUUUUCCGAACCUGGCGAUCUGCCGAGCCUGGCCCGAGCCUGUUGGAAAUCGAGUACGGCUUUCUGCAGGGGCUGAUCGAAGCUGCAGUCUUCGCUCGGACACCCGAGCUGGGAGCGGCGGUUCGGCGAGUGGUGGCCGGAUUCUCCAAUCAGAUGCUGCAACGUGGCGUGGACGAGCUGCUUCUGCGCGUAUCAGAGCCGAUCAUAUUCCGAAGCCUACAGGCCGCCAAUCCAGCUGUCCGCCGCAACGCCCUUCUCCUAUUGGCCGAGCUCUUCCCCCUCCGCGACCCGGCUCAAGGACGAGAGGCGAACGAGUCGCUCCUUAAUCGGCAGCUAUCGCUCCUCUUUGAUCGCCUCUUAAUGGAUCCCUGUCCCGCGGUUCGAGCCUCCGCUGCUGAGGUGGCAGGGCGUGUGCUUUGCGUCUUCUGGGAGGUUAUCCCGUCGAGCGUCGCCACGUCAGCGCUGACGCGGAUGGUUGACGAGCUGGCUGCUGACGUGGCCAGUCCCGCGGUGCGGAUGGCGGCAGUGCGGGCGGUGGGACACCUGUUACAGGGUAACCCGGUUUGCCAUGAGCUGUUACGGGGGAUGCUGCCGCGAAUGGCUGCGGGAUUGAGGGACAGGUCGCGUGGGGUGAGAGUGGCAGUGGCGGAAUUGCUUAUAACGGUGGCUAAUAACACCAGCAUAAGACUAAAAGAGGUUAUUUCAUCGGGCCAGCUCAUACAGGCUCUGGAGGAGCCCAACGAUCCAAUAGUAUCGCGCCACGUCACCCGCGUCCUCCUGCCGACUUACCUGCCGACCCACCUGCCCCCUGUUGCUGCUGCCGGCCGUUUUAUCACCCUGAUGCAGCGGUCUCUCCCUGCUGCUGCUGCAUUUGCGCGCUGCAGCUUCCAGGAAGGUGCAGGACUCGAAGCUGUGAUUGAAGCCGUGAGGGCUGUUGUAGACUUGUUGGUGAUUGUAACGGAUGGAGGGGAGGGAGGCGAGGGGAGAGGGGAGGUGAGAGGGGAGGGAAGAGGGGAGGAGAAAAAGGAGGGGAGAGGGGGCGGUGGUAAAGGGUGCAAGAGAAAGGGAAAGAGGAGGCGAGGGAGAGCGGGAGAGGGAGAGGAGGGGGCAGAUGGAACGGUGACAUGUGGGGAAGGAGGGAAGGUUAGAGGUGGGGAGGCUGCUUCUGGGGAGGGUGGAUCUAAGGACGAGAAGGAGUGUAGUAAGGAGGAGGAGAAGGACCGAGAGGUGAUGUAUCGUGUGGUGUUGGGGUUUGUUCAGGGAGUAAUGGUGGAAGGGGGAGGAGGAGGAAAAGGAAGCGGAUUCAAGGCAGGAAACAGGGGUGAAUGUGAAAGCUCAGAUGCAGCUGCAGCUAUGGCUGAUACUCUGGAUGCUCCUGCUCUCAAACGGUUGCUUCUCUCGGCACGUACUGCAAGUCAACGGGCGGCGGUGCUACGAAUCGCCGCCCUGCUGCCGCCCGUGUCAGUGGAGGAGCUUGCUGACGUGUGCAGGGAGGGGCUCCUGAGGGUUGGGCGGAAGAGGGAAGAGGGGAACCAUGAGGGAGUCAAUAAAGCGUUUGCGGAAAUCUCUGAUAAUCUCGCUGGUGUGAGGAUGGGUGAGGCGAUGGAGUGGAUGGAAGGGAGGAGGGAGGAGAGGCGGGAGGUGGAGGGUGUGGUGGUGCUGACACGCGCGUGGGGCGGGUUGGGUCAGCUGGUAGACGCGUUAGAGGUGUCUCUUGCUGCGGGUGUUGAGAGGGAGGUGGAGAGGAGAGAGCGGAGGGGGAACGGAAAGGAGGGGAAGGGAGGGGGGUCGGAUACGAUAGAGGAAGGAGAGGGAAGGGGCGGUGAGGAAAAGGAGGAGGAGGAAGAGAAGGAGGUGGAAGAGAUAUUACUUUCGGAUGAUGAAGAUGAGGAGGGUGGGGAGGAAGGCGAGGAGGGAGAGGGGGGGGAAGAGGAGGAGCUCACGGGGGCAAGAGAGGAGGCAGAGGUAGAAGAGGUAGAAGAGGUGGUGAAGGAAGAGGAGGUGGAGGAAGUGGAAGUGGAAGUGGAGGAGUUUGAGGAUGGGGAGACGAGAGAGGAGGAGGGAGAGGAGAAGAUGAUGGUUGGGGAGGAAGCUUUGCGGCGAGGAAACAGACGUGUGACUCGGAGCAUGGGAGGAGGCAAGGAAGCUUCCAGGCAAUCAACUGAAAGCCCGUCAGUUGCAAAGGAUGGCACGGGGAAGAGGGGGCUAUUGGAGGGAGGGGGGGGGAAGGGAAAGCUAGGGAAGAGGCAGCAAGAAAAGAUAGGGCGAGGAAACAAGGUUCCUGGAAGGAAGAGAGGUGCUGCUGGUGUGAGAGAGGUCUAUAACGAGGAUGCAGCAGAGGGAAGUGAUUCGGACCAAUCAGAGCUUGCCAGCGAGGCAGCAGCCACUGUGAUGCCUCCUUGUGUGGUGGCCUACCGCCUGGAGAUUCUCCUGGGCCAAUCAGAAGCGAGAGCUGAGUUACUGCGCAUGCCCGGGGUGCCUGGGCGGCUGCUGGGCCUGCUGAGGACAGCUGUCGACGCGCAACUGGCCGGGAUGAGCGAUGUGGCGAAUGCUACUCCUGCUGCUGGCCCUGGUUCGGAUGGUUGUACUAGGACGGACUCAGAUGCUGCUGUGAAGGAUGAUCGUGCUGCUGAUGAGCAUGAUUUGGAGGUUAAGGAAGCAGAGUGGGUGCAAGGAGCGGCUCUGCGUGUGUAUGUGAAGUUGCUGGUGCUGAUGUGGAGUGAGAGGCAGCAGGAGGAGGAGGAGCUGGGACGGAGGGCGCAGAAGCAAGGACGGCAGGUGGACGACAAGGGGUGCUCCAGCCUGCACGGGGCUCAGAAGCAAGAAAAGCAAGUAGGCGACGAGGUGUGCCCUAGUGUGGUACAUGGUUCACUGCCUCGUCUCCCCGUCCCUCCUGUCACCUCUAGCAUAUCCCCUCAUGCUUCCUGCCAUCUCCCUUCUGUCUCUAUUGCCUUUCAACCCCGCUUCUUCUCCCCCCCCCACCUUCCUCCCCUUCUUCCCCUUUUUGCUCUCCCUGCAUCACAGAGCGAGCUGUCAGAUCAUCUUCUCGAACUGAUCUCAACCGUCCAUGCAAUGCUGGCCCUGAUCUCACAAGCACACCAAACUCCCGGCGAAUCUCGACCGUCCAAGGCAAGCAGAGCUGCCAUCUGGGCCGUCGCUCCUUCCUUCCUGUCCACCCUCACUGCUGUCCUCGCAGCUUCCUACACUUCUCUCCUCCUGCCUAUGUUGAAGUGUAAAAGGGAGGCAGAGAGAGGAGAACCGCACGCACUGGUGCUUGGAUGCUGUGGUUUAGCGCUUGCGCUGCUGAGGAGGCAGGCUGAGAGUGUGAGGGAGGGAGGGGAGGGAGGGGCGGCGGCUGGGAGGGAGGGUGGUGCAAUGGUGUGGAUGGCGGUGCUUUCAGCUGUUGCUUGCUGUAAGAGGGUUCUGACUGCCGCUGGCACUGCUGCUGGUGUUGUUGCCGCCACUGUUACUGGCCAACAAGAGGGGAAUGGGGAGGAGGUCCGGUGUCUGCAAGGAGAGGUGGAUGCUGCUAGUGCCUUGUUGAAGGGCAGUUUGGGGGGGAUUGAAGCGGAGGGGGGAGCUGGGGAUGGAGAAUGCAAGAAUGAAGGGGGUUUUGGGGCGAGGAAUGCGGUUGGAGGUAAAGACAACGAAGCAGGAGAUGUGGAGGAAGGGGAUGCAGGGGACGCAAGUGGGGAGGAGGGUGCAGGCGUGGUAAAAGCCUCUUGCAAUGCUUAUAACGAGUACGAAGGCGAAUACGACGGUGCGGAGGGUACAGUUUCAAGAGCCAGUAGGAUUCUUUCCGGCAACGUGGAGCUGAAUCUGCUAGACAUCCAACAGAGGGUAGAGGGUCCGCGGACAGAAGCAGCUGAGGCGCUUGCAGAGUGGAGCGCUGGGGCUGGAGGGGCGGAGGGGAUUGGUACGAGGGGUUCUGAUAGGGCAGGAGCUGCUCAGGACGAGCCGUUUCUCCAGUACGUGCUUCUGGAAAAGAAGCCCGCGGUGACAGGCGGUGGUUUGGCAAAGGAGCCGCAAGGGGAGCUGUUUGGGGUUCUUCUGAGGUUUUUGGAGGGGGAGGGGCUGGAGGCGCAUGUUUACGUGAAGAGCAAGCGGGUGUCGUGCGCGGGGAUCAUUGCGCCGUUCGCUGGCCAUGCGGCCGUGUUGAGGAUCCGCGAUUGCCCGACUUUGCUGGGUCGCCAGCGGCGUAAGCCUGAGAAGCCGCUGAGGAAGCCAGAAGGGGCUAGGCAGAAUCGCAGCCGGGGUUUCCCGGUGUCUGGCCGAGGCUGUGCGAAGCGGAGGCUCCAGGAACGGCAUCAACAGGGUUACCAGCAGGAGGGUUACCAACAGGCGAAGAUUCCCCGUAGUGGUGCUGGCGAGAAGAAGGGAAGGGCGGAUGGGGAAGGUGGGAGUGGGAGAAAGACUGGUGUAGAGAGGGUGCGGCAUAGACUGCGGAAGGGGGAGGAGGAGGAUGAUAAGGAGGUGGUGAGUGGCUGUGGAGGCGUGUGGAAAAGGGAGGAGGGAGAAAAACGACGUUCUCUGGAAGAAAGAAAGCGGUCAAGAGCGGAGGGAUGCCGAGAGAGGAAUGAUAAGAAGGGUGGGAGGGUUGAGAGGGCUGAGAGGGAAGCUUAUGGGACAGGCGGAAGGGAGUCUGAGUGGGAGGUUGGAUUGCAGUUAGUAGUGUUUUCAGAAGCAGACAGGCAGGAUACGUGGGGGGAGGCAGAGGGACGGUACGGGGGGUUUGAAGGGGGAGCGGGCGGGAUGGAGGGGGACGCGGAGGAGGAUGAGGGGUCGACGGGGGAGUGUGAGGGGGAAGGGGAGAACGAGACGGAUUUCGUUAUAGGAACACAGGCGUCGCAGGUUGCAGGGGAGGGGGAUGGGCGGCAAGCCGUGGCAGGGGCGGUGUGGGAACGGAGUAACGGACAGGAGAGGGUGAGCGUGCAUGAAUGGGAGGGUUCUGAAUGGGGCUUAGGGGCCAGUUUUGGCCAGAAGCGGCUGGGAAAGGCAGAAAGGGGACAAGGAUUUGAGAGGGAAAGAGCGGCUGAAGGGGGUGGGAGUGUUGAUAUCUGCGAGAAUGGCAGCACAGGUUACAAUAACGAUGCUGCUUGUAACGAGAAAACGGAAGGCUCGUGCAGGAGAGUCGCGUUGGGUGAUGACGUGGCAUGGGAUGAAGCGAGGGAGUAUGAGGAAGCUGAGCUGGAGUUCCUGCUGAGUCAGCAAGAGAGUCAGCCAGGUGGCGGGGAGACUGGGAGAACGGCAUGUGGGGACCAGCUGACGUGUCAUGAGGUGGCGCGAGCAGCAGAGGGUGGGGACCACAUGACGCGGCUUACAGCCAUGCUGACUCAUACCUGGGCGGCAGCGAGGGGGGGACAGUGGAAGGUGCAGGGGGCCACGGCUGGAAGGACAGGAAGAGGGUUAAGAAUGGAUAAGAUUAGAGCAGAUGAGGAGAAAACAGAGCAGACUCAGGAGCAGGAGCAGGGCAGGGAAAAGGGAAGGAGAAGGGCGGUGGGGGAAGGACAAGGGGUAGUCAGAGCACAGGAGCGAGCACCAGGUGAAGAAGGGUUGCAGAUGGUGCUGUGGGGUGGAGCAGGAAGGGACGAGGGAGGGGCUAGUGGGGAGGUUGGGAAGACGGAGGGUUCUGGCCGUGUUGAUUUGAGCGUGGGUGUGUCUGGUGGGAAGAGUGCAGCGGAGGGCAAGGGCAAUCAGGAGGGCGCGGGCGAGCGGAUGGGAGAGCGCUUGGGGGAGGGUUUGCCAAAGGAACGGGACUCCACCGUGGAUUUUAGACCCAUCGAGCGAGCUGACAGGCUGGCAGAACGCGUGGCUGACGUGCUGCAUGACGUGGCAGCGGAUCUGUACAGUGCUGCCGUGGGAUUGGUGCGGGAGGCGCGACGGUUGUUUCGAGAGGAGGCGGCAGGGAAGGGGAGCGGGGGAGGGGGGAUCGAAUCAGUUUCUGGGAGACAGAUGGACGAAAGGGGGAUAGAGACGCAGAUGGAAGAGGGGGAAACUGGGCGAAGGAUCGAUGAGGAGGAAGUGGAAAAGCGGGUGCACGAGGCUCUUCUGUUGGGCAAGGCGGAUUUGCAGCGGCAGUUCCCGUUGGGUUGCUGUGCUGACACACAUGAGAUCUCGAGACUAGGGGAGCCGGGGCCGCCCACACUGGGGGAUCGAGUGCGAUGCCACGAGCUGCAGAUCCUGCUGCGUCUGGAGCUGCUGCCCUGCGACCUCCCCUCGCACCCCCUGGUGUCCCGAUUCGCCAAGCAGACCCGCACGCUGCUGGAGAGGGUGAAUCUGAGCCGAGAGGGCGGCGUGUUUGGGGAGAGCCUGGAGGAGUAUGUUCGGCGACUGCUGUGCUCCAGGUGCCUUUCAUUCGCCAAGCAGACCCGCACGCUGCUGGAGAGGGUGAAUCUGAGCAAAGAGGGAGGCGUGUUUGGGGAGAGCCUGGAGGAGUAUGUUCGGCGACUGCUGUGCAACAGGUACCGCACCAAGUGCCCCAACUUCUCCUCUCAGUUCUCUUCUUCUCCAAGCCUCCCUUCCAAAGCAGCCCCUUCAUCGCCCUUUAACCAACCCCUGCUCACGUCUAUUUCCCUCUCUGUCCCUUAUAACAUUCCCUCUGACCCUCUCAGGUACCGCACCAAAUUUCCCAACUUCCUCUCGCUCCUCUUCUCCAAGCUUCGCUUCCAAAGCAGCCCUCUCAUCGCCCCUCCUCCCCCCCCGGCUGUAGCACGAGCCAACUACCACCCAGGGGCCCCAGAGCCCACUACAGCCGUCGAUCCCCCAGAGGCAGGCGGGAAUGCUGGCCCUCCCGAGAAUGCUGCACGGGGAGAGAGUGCUGGUUCGGAUGGGCAUGCUGGGAUGGAAGAGGGAGAUAAUGCUGCUGCGCACGCCACGAUUGUGCGUGAUCUGUCGCGUGCCUUUGAUGCUGUGGCGGGGGGAAGGGAGGGACGGGAGGGGGAGGAGGAGGAGGAGCAGCAGGGGCAGGAAGAGGCUGCAGAAGGAGAGGAGGGUAAGGAGGAUGGAGAGGUGGGGGAGGAGGAAGAGGGAGAGGUGGUGGGGGAUGAGGAGCAAGAGGAGGGAGAGGAAGGCGAGGAAGGAGAGGAAGAGGAGGGAAAUCUGGGAGUGAAGCAGAAGGAGGGAGAGGAGGAAGGAGAGGAGGAGGGAGAAGUGGGGGACGAUGAGCAGGAGGAGGAGCAAGAGGAGGUGCAAGAGGAGGAAGAGGUAUCAUUCAAUGGGGUAUCGGUGCGGGUUCGAUUAGGGUCUGGCGCCCGUGGCCCAGUGCAACAGAGAGGUGGGUUAGGUCGAUCUUACCAUGUUUCUUCCACCUUCCAGGGGGAGAGGCAGGGGCAGAAACAGGGGGAGAGGCAGAGGGGAAGACAGGGGGAGAGGCAGGGGGAAAGGCAAGGGGAGAGACAGGGGGAGGGGCAAGGGCAGAGUUGUCAGGAGAAGCCACGGCAGCAGUCACAGGGGUUUCAAAAGCCACGAAACCGCCAGCAACAGCAGCAGCAGCAGCAUCAGCAGCAGCGCCUGUGGAGUGAGGCUGGCGCGGAGUCUUCUGGCACUGCUGGUGCAAGCAUGCGCAGCAGUGCUUUUGAGGCGCCUCUGAAGUCGUCUCAGUACUCGGGAAAAUGCUCUGGUGGGGGGAUGAAUGUGCGGGGCAGUGUGGGGGCCACUGGGCGGUGCAGUGGUAGUGUGGACAGGAGGUCGGGUAGCUGUGCCCCUGCUGCUCGGGGUUUACUGGGACCAAUGGGACCAUACAGCCGCCGUGUACCAGCUGAUAGCGCUGCUGCUGCUGCUGCUGCUGCUGCUGCUGCUGCUGGUGCUGCUGGUGCUGGUGUUGGUAGUGUUGGUGCUGCUGGGAGUGCUGGUACAGGAGUGCAUGUCGGGGUCCCUCGUACUGCUCCUGGUAACGCCCCUGUGGACGUGGCGAAUAUGACCAAUCGAGCGGCGAGGAUUCUGAAAGCUGCAGCAGCUGCUGCUGGUGGCGGCACUGGCUUAAAGUCGAAAAAAAGAAAGAGUCCAGAAGGUGGGAGGGGAGGGGAUGGCGGAAGGGGAGGAGGAAGGGAAGGAGGAAGAGGAGGAGGAAAAGGAGGGAGAAGGGAUGGUGAAAAGAAUAACGACGCGGCUGACUGUGUUACCUCCUGCUAUCGGGGUCCCUUGGGGGAGUCUGGAGGGGUGGAAAAGGAGGGAGGGCGAAAGGUGCCCAGAUGCAGUGGAAAGUUUGUUGGUGAUGUGGGUCGGAGUAGGAGAGGGGAGGGAAAAGAGAAGGGGGAUAGGAGGGAGAAGAGGAAGGGGGAGACGGGAGAGGAGCGAAGAGAGGGGUUGGAGGUUGUGGGGGAUGCUGCCUGGUUGGCUAGAAGACAUGGCGCUAAGCCUCCUGCUGCAGACAUUUUCUUAGACUCCCUGGCAGACAUGCUGCUGGGGGAGAAUGGUGCCGCUGCCCCAGCGCCGCUGACUGCUACUGGGUGGAUCAACCGUCAUAUGCUGCUGGGGGGGAGUGAUUCUGCUGCGCCAGAGCCGCUGACUGCUACUGGGUGGAUUAACCGCCGUCAGCCGUCCCUUGGGGCUGCUAGUGAUGGUGGCGCUGCCACUGCUGCUGCUGCUGCUGCUGCUGCUGGGGAUGGGGGGAGAGAGCAGCAGACACAGAAGCAGGGAGGAAGCAGAGAGGAGGCGGAAGACAAGGUAGAAGAAGAGGAAGGAGCAGCAACGGUAGCAGCAGCAUCAGCAUCAGCAGCAGCAGUUACAAAGGGAAUGCAGACGAUAUUGGGGGCGCCUAAAAAGGUAGAGCGGGGGGAGAAGGAGGUGGAAAAAGGGGGGACAGUAGGGGAAGGGGCUGAAACAGCAGGAGAAGCGGAAACAGCAGAAUUGGCGGGAACAGCAGCAGCGGCAGCAGCAGCGGAAUUGCGGAUGAGCCUCAGGCGUGGACGCAAGCCCACGAAGCCUUGCAAGAUUGAGCUGGGACGUCUCAAAAGGGUGGGGAAAGGGAAGGAGGUGGAAGAGGAGGAGGAAGUGAAGGAGGUAGAAGGGAAGGACGAAGGGAAGGAGAUGGAAGGGAAGGAGCAUUCAGGAGAAGAAGCCGAGGCGGUGGGAGCACGGAUGAGUCUCAGGCGCGGACGCAAGUCUGGGAAUCCUCGUAAGCUGGUCCCAGAGCGGCCUAAGGGGGUGGGGAAAGUGAAGGGGGGAGAAGUGGAACGUAGGAGGGGAGGCAAAGCCCAAGGGAAGGCGAAUGAAGAAUGUGAGAAUGGAAUAAUUGGUUCCCCUCGUUGCACGCGGUCACGAGGGAGAGUAGAGGAGGCUUUUGAGGCGCCACAACAGAAGCAAGAAUGUGAGAAAGGAAAGAAUGGUUCCCCUCGCUGCACGCGGUCACGAGGGAGAGUAGAGGAGGAAGAGAAGGAGGAGGUGGAAGAGAAGGAAGAGGAGGUAAAGGGGGAAGAGGAGGAGCGAAGGGAGAGGAGAAGUGGCAAUGGAAAGACGAGGAAUUCAAAUCAAGGGGCAAGAAAGAAGGGCGACGCUGCGGUUGAGGGUCCUUCCUUGCACCGCACUCGAUCACGAGGGGGAGUGGAGGAAUGUGAGAAUCCGGGCAGGGGAAUGGUUACACGACAGCGGAUGGUUACGAGGGCUGGUAUGCAGGGCAUAGCUGGAAAGCGCGGGGUGCAGAUAGGAGAGAAGAAGCGAGGGCAGGGGGUGAGGCGAGGAGUGGGAAGAGGAGGGAAGGGAAGGGGGGGAAGGGUGCGAGGUGAGAGAGGGGAUAAGGGGGCGGAACAGGUGGAAGGGGGAGAGGGGGAAAGUGAAGUGGAAGAGGUAGGAAAGGAGAUGGAAGAGGAAAGGAAAGGACAGGAGGAGAAGAGAGAGGAGGAAGCGAAGGGAGGGGAGGAGGAGAAAGGGGAGGAUGAGAUGGAAGAGGAAGAGAAGAGCGAGGAGGAAGGUCAACGGGAGGUACAAGCGCAGGGAGCUGGGAACGGGAGGCACAGCGAGGAGGAAGGUCAGGGGGAGGUAUGGGAGCAGGGAGCUGGGUUGAAGGGAGGUGAUAGAGGGAAUGAUGAUGGGGGGAACGAUGGGGAAAAGGGCGGGGGAAACGACAGUGGGAACGAUGGGGAGAAUGACGGAAAGGGAGGUGAAAAUGGUGGGAAGGGGACAGAGGGAGCGGAAGAGCAAGGUGGGGAAGAGGAGGGGGGGAAGGAAAUGGGGAAGGAAGGGGGAACUGCGGAUGGGGAGAUGGAAGAAGGGCAUGGGAGUGGGGAAAGGGAAGGGGAAGGGGAAGAAGGGGAGGAGAUGGGAGGAGAGGAAAGGGAACAGAGAGUAGAAGAGUGGGGAGGGAAUGAGGGAGAGGAUGCUAAGAAGGAAGAGAAGGACUUCAGGAGUGGGGAGAACGGAGAGUGUGAGAAUCAUGAGCAGCGGGUGGUGGGGAGAAAGGAGGAGAGGGAGAAGAAAAGGGCUGAGGAGGAAAGGGAGGAGAAAAUAGAGGAGGAGAAACGAGAAGAGGACAUGUGGGAGGAAAGGGAGGCAAGUAUAGAGGAGGGGAGGACGGAGGACGAAGAGAAAGGAAGGGAUGAAGAGAAGAAGUUAGUGGAUGGAACUAAUGGUGAGGGAGAGGCGGAGGCGGAGGAGGAGACGGAGGAGGAUGGGGAGGCGAAGGAGAAAGAGGAGGAGGAAGAGGAGGAGGAGGAGAAGAAAGACGAGGAGAAAGAUGCGGGGGAAGAGGAGAAAGAGGAGGGGGAAGAAGAGGGGGAAGAGGGGGCGAAAGAGGAGGCGAAAGAGGAGGAUAGAGAGGCAGAAAACGAGAGGGAGGAAGAGGAAGAUGAGAAUGGGGAGGCAGCAGGGGUGAAAGAGGAAGGGGAGGAGGAAGGGACGGGGGGUGGGGAUGGGUCGGAGGUUGGGGAAAGGGGCCAAGGAAAGGGAGAAGCUGCGGGUGAGGAGCAAGGAGAUAAGGAAGAUGAAGAGGAGGUAGAGGAAGAGAAAGGGGAGGAGGAGGAAGAGAAAGGGGAGGAGGAAGAGAAAGGGGAAGAGGAGGAGGAGGGUGAGGAAGGGAACGAGGGUGAGCAAGAAGGUGAAGGGGAGGAGGGUGAGAAAAGGGAAGAGAGAGAGAAGGCAAGGAAAGAAGAGGUGGAAGGAGAAGAAGGGAAAAAGGGAGAGGAGGAGGUGGAGGAAGGGGAAGAGGGAGAGGAAGUGGAGGAAGGGAAAAAGGAGGGGGAGGAUUUUGAGGGGGAAAAGGGACAGAAGGAAAUGAAAGAAGAGGUGGAAGAAGGGGAAGAGGGAGAGGAAGUGGAGGAAGAGAAAGAGGAGGGGGAGGGUGAUGAAGGGGAAAAGGGAGAGGAGGAAGGGAAAGAGGAGGUGGAGGAAGGGAAAGAGGAGGUGGAGGAAGGGGAAGAGGAAGAGGAAGUGGAGGGAGGGAAAGAGGAGGUGAAGGAAGGGGAAGAGGGAGAGGAAGUGGAGGGAGGGAAAGAGGAGGUGGAGGGUGAUGAAGGGGAAAAGGGAGAGGAGGAAGGGAAAGAGGAGGGGGAGGAAGGGAAAAAGGAGGGGGAGGAAGAGAAAGAGGAAGGGGAGGAAAGGGAGGAAGGGGAGGAGGGAGAGGAAGUGGAAGAAGGGAAAGAGGAGGUGGUGGAAGGGGAAGAGGGAGAGAAAUUGGAGGGAGGGAAAGAGGAGGUGGAGGGCGAGGAAGGGGAGAAGAGAGAAGAGGAAGGGAAAGAGGAGGGUGAGGAAGUGGAAGAGGGAGAGAAGGAAGACAGAGAGGAGGUGGAAGAAGGGGAAGAGGGAGAGGAAGUGGACGGAAGGAAAGAGGAGGUGGUGGAGGGCGAGAAGAGAGAAAAGGGAGAGGAGGAAAGAAAAGAUAAGGAGGAAGCGGAAGAGGGAGAGGAAGUGGAGGGUCAGGAAGAAAGGGUCCUGAACUUAGUGGAUGGUAUUGAGGAAGGGGAGGAGUGUGAGAGAGGGAAAGAGGCAGAGGAGGAAAGGGAAGAGGAGGUGGAGGAAAGGGAAGAGGAGGUGGAGGAAAGGAAGGAGGAGGCGGAGGAAGGGAAAGAGGCAGAGGAGGAAAGGGAAGAGGGGGUGGAGGAAAGGAAAGAUAAGGAGGAAGGGGAAGAGGGAGAGGAAUUGGAGGAAGAGGAAGAAAGGGUCGUGAACUUAGUGGAUGGUAUUGACGAAGGGGAGGAGUGUGAGAGAGGGAAAGAGGCAGAGGAGGAAAGGGAAGAGGGGGUGGAGGAAAGGAAAGAGGAGGUGGAGGAAAGGAAGGAGGAGGCGGAGGAAGGGGAAGAGGCAGAGGAGGAAAGGGAAGAGGAGGUGGAGGAAAGGAAAGAGGUGGAAGAGAGAAAGGAGGAGGCAGAGGAAGGGGAGGAGGGAGAGGAGGAAAGGGAAGAGGAGGUGGAGGAAAGGAAAGAUGAGGUGGAGGAAAGGAAGGAGGAGGUGGAGGAAAGAGAAGAGGGAGAGGAGGAAGGGAAAGAUGUUGACGGUGAGGGUGUGGAAGAAGAGCUCCUGAUUGCAAUGGAGGAUAUCGAGCAAGGGGAGGAGAAUGCGGACGAGGGAGAUAACGAGGAAGAGAGAGAGGAAGAGGGUCGGGAGAUAGGGCAAGGAGAGAAGGAAGCGGAAGUGAAAGCGGAAGAGGGUCACGAGGAAGAGCAUGGGGAGGAGGAAGCGGAAGAGGGAGAGGAAGGAGAGGAAGAGGGAGAGGAAGGAGAGGAAGAAGGAGAGGUUCAGGAGAUCGAGGAGCGAAUUGAGAAAGCGGGAGUUGGAGUGAGAGGGAAAUUUGGAGUAAGCUUUGGGGAGAGAGAAGAGCAGCGAAAUGGGGAAGGGCAAGAGGGAAGUGAGGAGGAAGAGGAGCAGGAAAGGAAGGAUGAGUUGGCAAACGAGGGAGCGGAAGAGGAAGAGGAAGAGCGAGAGGGAGAGGCGAAAGAAGAAGAGGGAGGACUGGAGGAAGAAGGUGUGGUGCAUCGAGCGUCAGAGAAGGAGCGAAGGGAGAUGGAGCAUACAGAGGAUGUUGGAAAGCAGCAGAAGGGGAGGGAAACUGGGAAGGAGGGGGGGGAGACUGAGGGAAGUGGAGAGAAGCAGUGGGGUGAACAGGCGGAGGGAGAAGGUGGGGAGGGGGAUGAGGGUGUGGGAGGGACGGUGGGAUGCAGGAAAAGAACAAGGGAAGAGGGCAACUGGGGCAGGGGAGGGGGCGUGGAAGGGGAGAGGCAGCCUGGUUGUAUGGAAGCUCAUGGGGUGAAAGAGCGAGGAGAAGGGCUGCAUGCAGGGGCAGAAGGGUUACUGAAGGACGGAUUUGCAGAAGGGAAAGGGGGAGGAGCAGGAGAAGAAGCAGGAGCAGGAGGAGGAGCAGAAAUUGGCAGUGCAAGGUCUCCUGUUAGAGAGAAGGACGAGGGGGUUGGAGGGAGGAAGAAGAAGAAACAGAAGAGGCGAGAAUCUCAGGGCAACGUAGCAACAGUUGUUGAGUCGCCUCAAGGAUCGUCUCAGCACACGAAAAAGAAGACAGUGCAGAGCGGCAAAGCAGCGGGUGUUCAUUCCCCUCAGGGAUCGUCUCAGCACACAAAAGGGAGGGCAGUGCAGAGGAAUGUAGCAGCACUUGUUGAUUCCCCUCUGGGACCGUCUCAGCACAUGAAAAAGAGAACAGUUCAGAGCGGCAUAGCAGCGCUUUUCCUGAAAAGGUCUGGUAAGAAGCCUGUGAGUCAGUCGAGAGAUGGGGGUGUGGGAGGGGAGGGCGCGGGUGUGGCGGAUAUGGGAGCAGGGGGUGCGGGAGUGGGGAGCGUGGGAGAGGCAGAGACAGGGAGCCUGCGGCAGGGGGUCAUGCAGGAAGCAACGUGUGGGGAGGAAACAGCAACGGGAGUGAGUGGGGUGGCUUGUGCGAAGGCAGGUGGGGGGGGUGCAGGAACAAGGACGGGAGGGGGUGGUGCUGGGGGAAAUGCAGAUGCGAAGGCUGGAGGGGGGAGUGCAGGAACGAGGACGGGAGGGGGUGGUGCUGGGGGAAGUGCAGAUGCGAAGGCAGGUGGGGGGAGUGGGGGGGCAAGGACGGGUGGAGGGAGUGGGGGAAGGAAGACAAGGGGGCGGUUGCAGGAUAUUCGACAGUGGUUGGGAGUGGUGGUGGAUGGCGGGAAGAGGUUGGAAGAAGGGAAGGGAGAGAGAGGAGGGCUGGAGGGAAGGAAUGGAGAGGGACAGAGAGGAGGGCAGGGAGGAGGGGAUGGAGAGGGACAGAGGCGAGGGGAUGGAGGAGGAGAGGGAGGAGAGAGAGGAGGGCAUAAAAGGAAGAAAGCGUCGAAGGGGGGAGAGGAGCAGGAAGCGUUGGAGAGGGGAGGGCAGGAAGAAACCGGGAAGGGGCUUGCUUUGAGGCGCCUCAUAUCACAGGAGGAGUGGCGGAUGGAGCCUCAGGCCGUAUCAUCUUCCCUCAACAGCAACAGCAGCGCCGCUGGUGCUGCUGCCUCUAUCACUACGAGUGUGCAAUCCCGUUUACCUCCCUCUCCCGCUUCUUCUUCUCCCCCUGCUCCCUCUCCUCCCCCUGCUGCCCCUGCUGCCCCUGCUCCCACUCCUCCCUCUUCUCCCUCUUCCCCCCCUGCCCCCCCUGCCCCCCCUGCUCCUUCUGCACGUGGGAAGGCCUUGGAAACUCCUCUAAACCCCUGUGAGAAGGGUGCAGCUGAGGGAUCAUGUGAGAAGGAGAAUGGUUCUCUAAACAAGCUUGGCCCUCUGCCUUCCCUCUUUCACAGGCGCCAGCAGUCACGUGCCAUGCUGCCUGCCCCACUCGCUGCCCCUCCUACUGCCCCAAACACCGCCACUCCCGCUGCCUCUCCCAUUUCCCCACCCACUGCCCCAACCUCAUCUCUGGACAUGAACACUGUUCCUUUCACCCAUCCAGCCGUCGCACCAUCCGUAACUGCCACAGCACCAGCCCCUCCUCUCGCCUUCCCUUCCGUUCCUAUCACUCGCCCGCAUUUUGUGCCGCAAGAGUUUACGAGCCUACACGUUUUCGCCGACCCUGCCACCGUGCCUGUCACCGUGCCUAUCACCAAGCAAGCUGCCGUACCUGGUGCUGCCGGGCCUAGUCCUUGCACUCCUGGUCACAAGCUCGGGGGAGGCUCGGGGAAAGGUGGUGCGGGGAAAGAGGUGUUAAGUGGUGUGGGAGUAUCCAGGGCAGGUUUACCUGGUGUGGGUGUAUCUGGUUCCGGUGACGCCCGGGAGUCAAGGAGUGAGGGGAGUGGGGGUGUGGGUGAAGGGGUGGCGGUGGAAAAAGGCUCGCUGGGACUGAAGCGAGUGACUGCUGCCGAUCGUGAGCAGACGGGCGGUGAUGCUUCAAGGAUGAAUGGAGCUGAGAAGACGCGGAGAGGGACGGGAGGAGGCAUCAAGAACGAUGUUCAGAAAGGAGAGGUGGAAGGGGUUUCAGGAGGAGGGGCGAUGGAGACAGGAGGGAGGCGAGAGGUUUCAGGAGCCGCUGUUCGGUUGAUGGGGUUCAACUUGAUGUUCUCUCAAGCACCAGUCACCACCACCACCCCUGCUUCUUCUGGGUCUGCAAGCCCUUUUGGAUCUGCUGCCACUGCUGCUGUUGUUGCAUCAGCACCCUCCCCACGUCCGUCCAUUGCACCCACGCCACCCACACACCCAGCCGCUUCCCCCUCUCACGCCUCCCGCUCCCGUCUCUCCCUCUCCUUUGUCUCCGACGCUGCUCUUCCCGAUGCCUUGGAGCCAGUAAUAGGCUCGCAAGAUAGCCUGGUAAGGAGCUACUGGGAGCGUGCGGUUUUCGAGUCUCCUCAGAAGUCUAUAAAUAAAAAGCUGUUCCUGGGUCGCCUCUAG